AUGCCUCCUCGCCAACGUGACCGCCCUUCCAACCUGGGACCCUUCCCCUUCCCGUCCUCCCCCGGGUCGUCAGCUCCCCGGCGAAGCGACAUAUCCAUCGACCCCCUCGAGGCGACCCCUCCCUUCUUCGACGUCUCCUUCUCCCCACACCGCGCCUCGCCCCUGCACAUCGGCAACGAACCCCUCACCACGCCGCGCCUCAACACCCUCGCCCAGCAAUUCCGCAACCUCCUCGUCGGCGACGUCGUCCGCGGCGUCCAGGUCGGCCUCGAAGGCGGCAGCACCGACCCGUCCCUCGCACGCGCCGGGUCGCUCGAGUACGUGUCGAUACGCUGGUUCGACGUCGCAGCCCUGCUGGCACGGGGUCGGGACGAUGCAGCAGCAGCAGCAGCAGCAGCCCACGACGCGGACCGGACGGGCGACACCUCGUUCUCGGAGCUACGGUUCGUGGCGACGCGGAAGAAGGGACUGUGCAUCGAUAUCGAGUACGAGAAUAUACUCUACGAAGCGCUGCUGCUGCCGACGUUGGACGAGGGCCACGAUACACCGCGGGGGAGGCUAGACGGGCCGUUUGAUGGGGUGCACCACCCGCUCCGAGCGCCCGGGUCGCUUGCGGUCGAUGCGAGGGUCAAGUCGGAGGAGUUUUUGCGCUUGCCGCUCCUGCUCCUGCGGAUGCCGGCGUCGCUCAAGACGUUCGUGACGGACUUUUUGGCCAGGACGUUUGAUUGUCGCAUUUCGCCGCUGCCGCUCGGCACACGGUCCAUCGUGAGCGCUUGGGAGACGUGGAUCUCCAACGCCGGGUUGCCGAGCAGCGGGCCGUUGGCGAAGGAUGUCGCCCUGACGCUGGGAUUCUACGUGCCGGGACUACGAGAGAGAGGGGCGGCCGAAGCAAACGGGGAGGAUGCCGAUUCUUCUGCCACGGCCACGACACGGUUGGGAAUUAGGUCGCUGGAUAUCAUCAUCCCGGCUGCCGACUUGGCGCGGUUUCUCCGAGAAGGCCAGACUGCGUCUGUCGGGCAUCGGAGGGCGGGGGAGGGGCAGGACAACUAUUGGAAAGACGACGCGCGGAAACGAAGGAAACUCGCUGGCGGGAGCAGCGAAGAGGGUUGGGAAUGGCUGGGUGCCGCAUCGGGUGACAGGGGCGGCGACGUGGGAAGCAAGAAUCCUUUCACCGAGGCGCUGGCACGAUACCUGGACCAGCACCUCGCCCUUGAUCUAUUUCACCCCGGUGUCCAGAUCGCCAAGAUCGCCUGCGCCGGGUUCGCGCUGUCGGAGACCCGCAUCAAGAUUUUCUCGCACGCCUUGGGCAAGGGGAGCGAGCCCGGUGAGGUCAUGGUUUGA